UUUGCGGCACUUUAUCGUUGUAAGCAACGUGUUUACCUGUUGUAUUGCAUUUGUUUAUGUUUAUUUGCCGCAAUGGGUAGCAUACCGAACAUACAGUUGGGUGACUAUAUUGUCAUUCAGCGCCAAAAGUAUACCAAAUUGCAAAAAUUCGGCAGCUUAGAUGCCACUGCGACGUUGGGCAAAGAGCAUCUGGAACUAAAGUCGCUGCUAGAUCAGCCCUAUGGCUCCACCUUCAAGAUGUGCGUCAAGGAGUCGAAGGCGGGCAAACGGGGCGCCCAGCGGCAACACACCCUCGAACUGUGUAGCGAAAACGAGCUGCGCAGCAUACGCGACAUCCUCAACAUUUCCAGCAGUGGAGCCGAUAAUCGCGACAUCAGCGACAACGGCGAGGCUCAGGCACUCAAAUCAGAGGACAUUGAGCAGAUGCGCGAGGCGUGCAACGAGUCCAGCAAAAUUAUUGAGAAGCUGGUGGAGAACUCAAAAACGUUUCACACACGCACCGAAUACUCACAGGACAAAUAUCUGCUGAAGAAGGAGAAAAAGUACUUUGAGUUUGUGCAAAUCCGACAGCCAAGCAUACGUCUGAUGGCUGACAUAUUCCAUCGACAGGACGCGGAGAAGGUAAUGGGCAUUCGUGUGGACACAUUAUCUCAAAUCAUUUCCUACUCGAGCGUCUCUGGCUUUGGCAGCUAUUUACUGUACGAGAGCGGCACGAAUGGGCUUCUGCCGGCUGCCAUGCUGAACUCCAUUGGUGCCGACACGCAGGCAACGCUCGUGCACAUGCAUCCCGGCAAUGUGCCACAAAAACAAGCGCUUCUUGCACUCAAGUUACCCCUGGAACAGCAGCAGCGUUGCAUCUCGGUUAAUCUGUACUCAGUGCUGCGUGAAUUCUACCAGGGCGACAAGGCGGAGACGCGGUCAGAUGCGACAACAGCUCAAACAGAAGCAGAGACGGCGGCGGUGACUGCCUCAGAAGAGAACGAUGCGAGCACGGAGGAGCAGAGCGACAUCAUUGAGCCCAAUACAAAGAAACUUAAACUGGAUGAGUCACUCAACUCUAACAACAAAUCGGCUCCUUUACGCUGGCAGCUGGAGAACAAACGGGCCGCUGCGCUAAUGAAUGCUAAAUUCGAUAGUUUGGUAAUGGCCGCCAAGGAGCAUCCUUCGAAUAUAUUGCAGGCAUUGCUGCCGCUGGUAAAACCGUCGCGACCCGUGGUGAUCUUUAGCACCUGCAAGGAGCUGUUGCACGAGACGUAUAUGGAGCUGAAGACGACCGGAAAGGUGACCAAUCUGCACGUGACCUCCAACUGGUUGCGCACGUAUCAGAUACUGCCAAAUCGCACCCAUCCCGAGGUCAACAUGAGUGGGAACAGUGGCUACCUCUUAACCGGCUACACAUUAAAAUAAUUCGAGUGACUUUCGAUCUUUUUGUGCACCUGACUAAAUAUUACUAAUUGCUUAGAUAGUAAACUAAACCAUGCCUGAAUGAUCGAUAAAUUAUAAUGCACGCAAUGCGAUUUCUUUGAUAAUA